AGAGCCCCCUCCAACGCCCCGCCCACCGCCCACAUGGAGCGCACCUUCAUCGCCGUGAAGCCUGAUGGCAUCCAGAGAGGUUUGUGCGGUGACAUCAUCAAGCGCUUGGAGCAGAGAGGCUUCAGGCUGGUUGCUGCCAAGUUCAUGCAGGCGUCAGAGGAACAGAUGAAGACGCACUACUUGGACCUCAAGGAAAUGCCCUUCUACGCUGGACUGUGCAAGUACAUGUCGUCCGGACCCAUCUUUGCCAUGGUGUGGGAGGGGCGGAGCAUCGUCAAGCUGGCCCGGAUGAUGCUGGGAGAGACCAACCCGGCCGACUCCAAACCCGGAAGCAUCCGAGGAGACUUCUGCAUCGACAUUGGCAGAAACAUCAUUCACGGCAGCGACACGCUGGACAACGCCAAGCGGGAGAUCGACUUGUGGUUCAAGGCCGAUGAGAUGGUGGACUAUGCACCCUGUGCCCAAGCCUGGCUCUACGAGUGAACACCUGCCCGUAAAGGUCACAUGGCUCACGUGUCACCUGUCAAUAACAUGAUUCAUGUGUCAACUUGGCAAUAAAAAUCAUGAGGGUGCAGAUUGAGAGUCCAAUCUGUCAAGCAAGCCAUUGUCUAGCGCAGCUCUUAAGGAGUCAGGGAGUGACUGUGACAGGGACACAUGGAUACAUCUUGUGAUAAGUCAUCUCUUUGGAGGCUAACUAGUUAGCUCUGUAGCUUGCUAUAUGCUAUGCUAGAGGCAGAUCCCGUAGCCUGAGCAUUAGAGUUGUGCAAUGUGGUGUACUGUAAACAAAGAAUAAUAGGAGUUUAAAGGUGACUAUAGGGGUGUUAUUUCAUGUCAGCAGGGCUCUAAUGACACGUAUUUACUAAGUCAUAAACGGGUUUUCUAUGAUCUACUUGUUUAUUUUGUUUAUUCAAAUUGAAUCCUACUUUGCGGAAAUUCACUUAUUGUGGUCGGGCCUGGAACCAAUUAACCGCCAUAAAUGAGGGACCGCUGUAAUUCAUUUUGUUGAAAUACGUCUUAGUCCCAUUUAUGACAUACUGUAUUUUUAUGGACAUUUUAAGUACAUGCAGCCUUUCCUUCCCCAGGAAAGGUUUGCUGCAGAAGUCUGAUCACCUUCUGGUGAGUUUGGCUACAUAAUCCUUCAUCUUGCCGGUCAAAUUUGUUCAUUCAUUCAGCAGAGCAUCCACAUAUUUGGAAUGCGUUUGACUUUCUGCUAGUUAGUGCUGCAAAAAACAAACCACUGGCUUUUCUCUCUGUGGAAGAACGGCAGUGACCUUCCAGCUCACACGCCAGACCCUUUCAGGAUGCAGCGGUACCACGAGUGCCUCCUGUAUGACAUGUCUGUGUAUUUUAUUGCGGGAUUAGCAAGAAUAAUGAUGUCACAUCUCCAUGGAAGACAUGAGACGGGCUGUGGUCUGAUUGGCCACGCGCCAUCGCAGCAGCCUCGUCUUACCUUUAUGCCCUGUAUUUGAUCAGGAAAUGUGCACAUUCAGGCAUUUUUACGUCAGAAAAUGUGUAAAAAACAAACAAACAUUGAACUCAUCCAGAAAAUAAAACGUUUAUAACACAUUUCAAUGCGCACCACUUGUCUCUGCACUCUCAUCCAUCACAAUGGCGCCAUCUGUUGUACAAAAAGGGGUAUUGACUAAGUCAGGCACAGAGGGGUCACGUUGAGGUCAGCAGUCUUGUCACUGAGGUUACUUGAGGUCAUUGUUUGAGAAAGUUAGAAUACAGAUAUUUCAAAGAACGAUCAUAAAAUGAUACCACAGUAGCGCCGUUGAUUGACAAGACUUAAAACAUUCCAUGACGCAACACAUAAAACCCGUAAAACCCGUAAAACACAUGCCAGGAACCACCGCUGCUCAUCUUACAUCACACCCGUCCCUCACCUUCUUGUUGACAUUGACACAGACGUCCACGUCUCUCAUUGCUUUGCUUUCAUGCACUUCAUAUGGGCAGUAUGGGCGGGGGGCACCCGGCGCUCAAUGCAAAUCAAUCUCAAUCUUGUAGACAGAAGUAUGUAGACAGAAGUAUGUAGAUAGAAGUAUGUAGAUACAAAUAUGUAGA